AUACAAGAAACGCGCCCAUGCAAUGCAAGGCAUGAAUUCGAUCAGUUACUAAUCAAGAUAUUCACAAUAGAGAAAGUCUGUGGAUGUAGAAAAUGCAAAAGUAAACACAAGAUCUUGAGAAUUAGUUGAGGAAUAUCUCUUCACUCUGGUUAAGAAGACGUGUUUUCAGUUCCCCAUAUAUUAUUUGCAUUCUGCCAUCUGUAACGAAGUACAAAUGAUUGGGUUUUCUGAGAUUCGGACCUCCCUUGGACUUGCGAGAGAUCCAUAGGCCUACCGAGUCGGACUUACCAGCUUCAAUCAACAAGAAACAAGAAUUGGUGAGAAGCCAAAUCGUAGAAGUCGACCCUAAAACUAUGAAAGUGCAUUAGCUUGAAAGCUAUAUGCCAGAACCAGCUAGAGGAUAGAUAAGUGGAGAGUCUGUGAGGACAGACGCACAAAAGAUUGGUUUUCUGAGAUUCGGACAUCCCUUGGACUAAAUUGUCUAGAUCUAUUCCGACUUACCAACUUAAAUCAGAGAUGAGAACUGGUGAGAAGAAAAUCGUAGAACUCAAAGCACAAAGAAAUCAAUCAUACGGAAGCGCAUAGACUAUGGAAGCUAUUUAGAACCAGGAUAGAUAGGUGGAAAGUGAAGAAAUCAGUAUAUGGGAAAGACAUUCAAGACCUUAAACCUUGAAGAAGUACUCUCCGAAAAGCGCAGACGCUCUUCUGGAGAGGGUUUUGCUUUGUCAAGAGAAGUAGGCCUAUACACUCCCCAAAAAAGCAUAAACGUUGUCCUGGAGAGGGUUAUGCUGUGCCAGCUCCUGCUUGUGGUCCAGGUGAUGUGGUGAUCAUAUGGUGCACUAUAGGUGCAUGUCUGUUCCCUCUCUCUAACAGCAUUUUAUGACAGUGAGAAAGAUAUUAAACGUAGGGGGUUCUGUCGCACUUUUUUUAAUUACUGGAGGGGACGUAUAUAUGGAAGUCUUUCCGAACGUUUGAGGACAAUCCUGAGGAGAAAGGAAACGCGAUUUUCAGAGGAAAGUAGGUCGAGAUGGGGACAUCGCUGAGCUCUAAGAAACGCUUUCACCAUUACGAUGUGACGGUGGGCACGGGGGAUCUCAAAGGCUCGGGCACGGACUCCCAUGUCUACAUUGCACUGCAUGACAUCAAUGAAAACAGGUCCAUUGACAUUGAACUUAACUACGUACUACAGAACAAUUUCAAGCGCGGUUCCACGGACCACUUUCGAAUAUCUUCCGGUGUCACAUCACUAGCUGACCUUAAGUUCAUCGAGAUUUGGCGGGACACCACGGGGCUCUUCGAUGACUGGUUUUGCGAGAUCAUCACCGUGGUCGACCUCCGAACCAAGAAGAAGUUCGUGUUCCCCGUUCACCGAUGGAUCCAGCCUCAUAAGGUCAUCCACCUCCAACAGUACGAUAUGGCGCUGCCGCAGGACGACGAGAAGGCCGAUCAACGUCGAGAAGAGCUCGAGUCGAGGAAGCAAACUUAUCAGCUAGCACAUAUCGAGAAUAUAGAUAUACCAAGGAUCAAAAACUUUCCAAGUGACGAGGCCUUUUCUGAUGAUUACAAGUGGGACAUUCGCAGUAUCGCUCUCAAAGUCGGGAUCGCUGCCAAAAUCCGUCAAUUCACGACCGAAAAAUUCAAAUCCCUGGACGAUGUCGAAGGCCUCUACAACCCUCCUCUUCUCCCUAAACCGUUGGCGGUACACAAUUGGAGAUGUGACAAAGAAUUCGGUUAUAACCGAAUGAAUGGUUGCAACCCGAGUCAUAUCCGAAUAUGCACUCAAAUUCCGGAUAGUUUUGCAGUGAAUGAAGAAGCCUUGAAGCCCAUACUUGAAGGCAUGACGAUCAAGGAGACGAUUGAAAGAAAGCGACUUUUUAUCAUCAAUUUCGAGUUCUUGCGUGAUCUACCGUGCCAAGACGGAGAACAGAUAUGCGCACCAAAAGCGUUGUUUUUCGUGAACACUGAUAAAUACGUGGUACCUGUCGCCAUUCAGCUAUUUCCCGACCCAGCGGAUGAUAAUCCAGUUUUCUACCCGACUGAUCCGGAGUACACGUGGCUCCUUGCCAAAAUGUACUUUUGCAACGCCGACGUCUGCAUACACCAAGCCGGAUCUCACUUUGGAAUGACACACAUCGUCAUGGAGUCGGCUGCCAUAGCAACGCAUCAUUGCCUGUCUCCAUCGCACCCCAUAUUCCGUCUUCUUGCGCCUCAUUUUCUCUUCAUCAUCGCAAUCAACAACAAAGGCCUAGAUCUCUUGAUGGGUAAAGGUAGCGUUUCCGACACCCUGAUGGUUACAGGGACUGCAGGGGUGAAUGAAAUCAUCAACCGCAUUUGGAAGAACUGGAGUCUUGACCGUCAAGGAUCUUUUUUGAAAGACCUGCGGGAUCGGGGUGUGGAUGACCCGGAAGUGCUUCCCAAUUACCACUACCGGGACGACGCACUCUUAUUCCACAGUGCCAUUCAGAAGUAUGUGAGGACCAUCGUCGAAUACUUCUACGAUUCGCCUGGUAAGAUCGAAGGAGACCAUGAACUUCAAGAGUGGGGCAGAGUUCUCUCAGGAUCGAAGUCAAAGACUGGAGAAAUCACAGUCAAAAUGAAGGGCGUCCCCAACGACGGCAACUUUCGGACAACCGAAGAUAUUUCAGAGGUCGUGACGAAUUUCAUCUUUAUCUGUAGCGUCACCCACGCGGCAGUGAACUUUGGGAUGUAUGAUCAGUACGCCUUCCCGCCAAGCUAUCCGGGCUGGCUCCAUGGGGACCCACCUUCAUCAAAGGACCCUGUCAGUGAAGAAGAGGUCUUCUCUCGGCUUCCUUCCAAGCGUGACAUCGUACAGUGGAUGACUCUCUCAAAGGUUUUAAGUGAGCGAGGUACCCAACCGCUUGGUGAUUUCGAGGUUCAAUACAUCUAUCACCCUGUUGGACUGCAAGCUUUAGAAAAGUUCCGUAAAGACCUGGAAAAAGCUGGAGAAAUCAUUGAUGAACGGAAUAGAACAAGGGAGACACCAUACACUUACCUUCAUCCAAGAGAAGUGCCGAACUCGAUCAGCAUCUGACGGAGGCAUUCUACAUCUGAUCGUACGGCAUUAUCAGGAACGGUGCCGUUAAUCUGUGACAAUCCCGACCUUUCGUUGGAGAACGCGAACGCUUAUUUACGACGUUAGUUGAUUUUGGAAGAGACUUUUGGUCCCGUCGUCAUGGUCGUAAGACUCUGUCCUGCAAUGCAAAUUGUGUGACAUGAGAUUUUUUUUCGUUUCGCAUCUGCAACGGAAACAUUCAAUAUGCGUUUCGUGUGCAAAAUUCUGGUUGCUACUAUGGUAACAGCGAUAUAUCCGAUCUAGGACGACUUUCCAAAGCCACAUUAAAAAGCGAAAGAGUGGGCAAGUACGUUACGUAUAGGCCUAUGUAACGUUAUAAGGGUGUAAAAAACGAUGUUUAAAAUACUGAAAAGGAGGAUAUGUUUUCAAUACUUGUAGGGUUACACAAGCUAAAUACUUGUUAAGAGAUGCAUUUUCAUAAUCUGGAAAAGCCUUGCUUCCCUUGUUUAGGGUGCUUUUCGAAACCGCAUGGUCGUGCCUGGUAUCCACUCAUCAAUGGAAGUGGUCCCCCCGGGAAUUCGAAUCUAAUCCCCAUUUCUGGGGAAAGUAAAACAUAAUGCCCAUUACAUUGUGUGCUAGAGGCAUAUCGUUUGUGUAGGAGUAAACAAAAGAAAAAACGUCAGACGUAUACAUGCUGUGUACAUAAUCAACGCAUGCGAAAUGGUUUCGGCGGGAGAGGUGAUUUGACCCAUGGAAUCAAUUGCCAGAGAUCCACCAAUAAUCCACAUUAAAUGCAAUAUCGAUUCGAUGGACUGUAAUGAUCUAUAUCUAAGCCUUAAUUCAGUAACUUUUUCCUCACUCAAUAUGUACUCGAUUUGUUUUAAAAACCACUUUCUUAUCCAUGUCAUAAUCUAUAGGUCCUGCAUUUCGAAUAUCUCCAGCCAUCAGUCGUAAUGUACAUGCAUGUAUGGUGCGGGUGUCGCGGGAAAGAAUUUUGCACACGAAAAGCAGAUCUGUAGGGCCUGUAACCCCCCUGUAACACAAAGCUUAGCAUUGAUUGUAGAGCAGUUUUCUACGUUUGAUUCUAUUGACUAUAAUGUACAAUCAAUCUUAAAAAUCAAGUGUAUGAUUAAGCGUUAACUUUUGUGUUAGGGGGCCCUAAUAUUAGCGUCCGUGAUGAUUGCGAAAUGUGGCUAGUACUGACCAGGAACGGCCAUGCAGGAACCAAGGCACGCGCGCCCCCAUUUGGCAAAAAGUACAAAAUUACACAUAAAGUUAAACAUUUAUAUCUAAACAACGUUCCUAUUGAACAUGUUGAACAGUUUGAACAAGCGUUUAAAGUUUUAAACGACUGUGCUUAAUUCAUUGAAGAUAACAUAUCAAUAAUCAAAUUUGGUUGUUUAAGAUUUUAUGCAGUUCAUAUUGUAAUUUGAUUUUUACUGUGUGUAUAUAUUGUAUAUUUUGUUGCACAAUCGUCUGAUAUAAUUUAUACAGGCACUGAACUUAACAGAGUUCGGCUACCCCUAUUGCAAUUGUCUUGAAUUUUCUUCCCGCUAUUAUCAUGCUUCUGUUGAGCUUUUCGUCAACAUUUUAAUGCCAUACGACAAGUUAGGAGAUCUGACAACUUUCCUUGUUUUCGAUUGGUUGAGAGGGUGAUUGUCGAAUAUAGCAAAAUUUGUAUAGG